AUGAGUUCCAAACAGAACAAGCAGACAAGUCUGUUCAAGUUUUUGAAUAAAAGAUCAAGAAGUCCAUCAAAACAAGAUUUGUCUGUGGAAAAUGAAGAUAAUGCUUCUCCAAGCACAAGCUAUUCGGCUACCAUCUCAAGUGAUGACCACAUUUCUGCAGAGACGAGCACACACAGAGACAGUUCUGAUUCAGAAUCGGAGUCAAUGAAUGAAAGUGUCCCUCCCAGCAAAAAAGCAAGAGGCGCGUUUAUUCGUAAAUACAAUGAAGACUAUCUCCAGUAUGGCUUUAUUUGCAGCCCUGGUUCUGAAAAGGCACCAAGACCUCAGUGUGUGCUAUGUUCCACUGUAUUAGCCAAUGAAGCUAUGAAGCCGGCAAAACUUCUUCGUCAUUUACAAACAAGGCACAAACAAUUUGUGAACAAACCAAAGGAUUUUUUUGUAAGAAAAAGUAAAGAACUGUCACUUCAAAAGCAGGUAUUAGUUCGAUCAGCUGCUGUUGAUCAUUCAUUGAUGAAAGCUGCUUAUCUGGUUGCAAUGCGUAUCGCAAAGUCCAAAAAACCUCACAGCAUCGGUGAGACUUUGAUAAAGCCGUGUCUGAUCGACGUUUGCAAUGAGCUUCUAGGAUCUUCUGCGUCUAAGAAAAUGAAAGAUUUGUCUUUAUCGAAUGACACAAUAAGCAGGAGAAUUAAUGAACUUUCAUCUGAUAUUGAAGAGCAAGUCAUUGGAAAAGUCAAAUUGUCAAAGUUAUUUUCAUUGCAGCUGGAUGAAUCAACUGACAUUUCUAACCAUGCCAUAUUACUAUGUUAUGUGCGUUACAUUGACUAUGAAGCCAAAGAUAUGUCGGAAGAAUUGUUAUGUUGCUGUGAAUUACCAUCACACACAACGGGAGCUGAAAUAUUCAAAGCAUUGAAUGAAUACAUGGAAAAAUCUCAACUUGACUGGAAAAACUGUGUUGCUGUAUGCACGGAUGGUGCUGCAAGUAUGCUGGGCAAACAUUCUGGUGUUUUGGCAAAGAUUAGGGCAGUCGCUUCUGAAAACAUGGUUCACAGUCACUGUUUGAUUCAUCGCCAGCACUUAGCGGCAAAGAAAAUGUCACCAGAUUUGCAUGAAGUAUUGGCGCAGGCGGUUAAAAUCAUCAAUUUCAUCAAGUGUAACGCUUUGAAUUCAAGGUUGUUCACAAUUUUGUGUGAUGAGAUGGGGUCUGAGCAUAAGCAUUUAUUACUGCAUGCAGAAGUACGCUGGCUAUCUCGAGGAAAAGUUCUGACAAGGUUGUUUGAAUUAAGGAAAGAAAUCAAAAUGUUCUUGAUGCAAAAAAAAUGCGAUAGCAGUUACAUCACAUGCCUGCAAAAUGCUGACUGGAUUGCAAAAGUUGCAUACUUGUCUGAUAUUUUCAAUGCGAUAAAUUCUCUUAAUUUAAGCUUACAAGGCCCACUGGCAACAAUUUUUACUAUGGGCAAUAAAAUUAGUGCAUUUAAAAAAAAGUUGGAAUUGUGGAUACAUCGGUCUGAAGGAGGAAACUAUGACAUGUUUGAGACAUUUUCCUCUCUAAUUUGUUCUGAUGAAGGUCUCGACUUUGACCAUAGCAGCAUCAAGAUUUUGAUACAUGAUCACCUCAAAUCAUUACAGCAACAGUUUGAGGACUACUAUCCAGCAGGCGAAGAUCAGCGAAAGGGAAAUCUAUGGGUGCAAGAUCCAUUUGUGACACACAGCCAAAAUAAUUUGACCAUUCAAGAAGAAGAAAUGUUGCUGGAGGUGUCAUCAGAUGCUGGUCUCCAAUCUGCCUUUCAAUCAAUGCCCAUAGCACAGUUUUGGAUAAAACUCAAGGAUGAGUAUGAGAUUCUCCACAAAAAGGCAAUGAAAAUUCUUCUUCCAUUUUCAUCAACAUAUUUAUGUGAGGUUGGAUUUUCAAGUAUGAGUCUUAUCAAAACCAAAACACGCAACAGACUUGAAAUUACUAAUUCUUUACGCUUGGCCCUAACGAAGAUUGCACCACGGAUAGAGCGGCUGGUGAAAACUAGACAAGACCAAUGUUCACAUUAA